AUGUCCAUCCUUCUGAAGGUUGUAUUCUUUGUCGCUGUCUUUCAAUUCGCUUCCGCUCAUCGUCAAACCUCAUUGACUGAUGAGCAAGUCCUCCAGCUUGUUCACUUGUCGUGCAACGACGGCAAAUACUUCUGCCCAGCAGAACGAUACUUGGUCAAAAUCGGGCCGCAAAGAAUCUUCAACCGCUUUGCGGUCUUGAAGUCCGAAGAAGUCGGUCUCCUCAAAACUUCAGAUAUUCCGCUAACAGAACUCUUCGGUGUUUUCAGAAACACCUUCUGCUGCACCGAAGGAGCAUGUCUGGCGGAAUGCAACGUAUUCCCUAUCAAUGAAAAACGCAUCGUCUCAAACUUCCAGGAUAUCUACGAAAAGGUCUUUGCUCUCAACAUUGCAGAGCUGAAUGAAUACCAGGACGACUACAUCAAGUAUCUUCUCAACGGCAAAAAGCACGGAUUCGUUCCAGCAAGAAUCGAAGAGUUGUACGACAUCCUCCACCAGGACGAGGACGAGAUCAUGAACAUGCUGGCUGAGAAAGCAUAG